CUCGCCGGGUUUCGUGACGCGCAGUUGGAUGUGAGUUACGAGGGCAGCCGCAUGGGUAGAGUUACGAAUUAAAUAGUGGUUAGAGAAGUCAAGCGUGAAGCACAGCGGCUCAAGAAAAGCCUGAACCAAACAGUGUCCUAGUGUAAAAACACCACAAGAGCUAUCAUGACUGACAGAAAGGCAGUAAUAAAGAAUGCUGAUAUGUCUGAAGACAUGCAGCAGGAUGCAGUGGAUUGUGCAACACAGGCCAUGGAGAAGUACAACAUCGAAAAGGAUAUUGCUGCUUAUAUCAAGAAGGAAUUUGAUAAGAAGUAUAAUCCGACAUGGCAUUGCAUUGUGGGACGAAACUUUGGCAGUUACGUAACACAUGAAACAAAGCAUUUCAUCUACUUCUACCUGGGUCAAGUGGCCAUUCUUCUCUUCAAAUCGGGCUGAAGGAACAUCUGUCAUUUAUGAAAGCUUGGACAUCGGCUCCAAAACUGGACUGUGAUGCACUGAUGGCUUGAGCCACUCUCAGAUACAUACACACAGACACGCAUACACACACAACAAUGCUUACAUUCUGUUCCACAUACACAUUCAUGACUUUAGCUAUAGAGGCUGUGCAUAAAUGCAUAGACCAUGUAUAAUAUUUAAUUUGUAUAUGUGGCAAUACAGUAACGUUUGCUUUCUGUAGUUGCACGAGUUGAAGCAACAAGAUGAUUUAUGUUCAUUUUUCCAAGUCCAGAUUUGUUUUUGCACUGAAGUUGUACAAAAUGCUUUAAUCGCUGCCUUUAAAUGAUAUUAAAGUUUAUGUCAUACGUA